AUGAGUCAAGACACGGAUCAUAAUCAUGGAAAUGUUGUUUUGAUGGAUAAAGUAGAAGAUUCGGUGGCAAGUCAUGUAUCAAAUGAUGAUCAGUCAAGUAUUGUUGAUUCGUCCGAUCUAUUGGAAAGUUCACAAACACUUUCAGAUCAAAUGGAUGAUAUAAUAUCGACAGCAAGUUCUGUUUUUUCCACCUAUCAUUCAAGAAUAAGAAAGAAGGAAAGACUCUUCUCGAAUGAACUUAUUAAAAAAAUCAAGAAAUUUGGCUGCUAUGGAAAGGAACGAGUUUCGAAUAAUUCAUUAGAAAUUAGAUGGAAAGUUGAAUACGAAGGAAAUGUUAUUAUUUUGAGUGAAGAUUUCAAAACCUUGAUCACAUGUUAUCGAGAAGAAAAUCCUGCCAUUCCAUUCUAUAAUGAUUUAUGUGACAGAUUUGACACUUGUGGAAAGUUCUUUACAAAAUACGAAACUAAACUAACCUUGGAAGAAUUCAAAAAUGAAAUCAAUGGAAAGAAAACAUUUUACAGUAUGAACUUUGAAAUCUGGCCAAUGAACAAACCAAUUUUAUUACAAACUGCCAGAAAUGGAAGGUUGGAUUUAUUAAGAUAUUUAAUUGAGGAAUGUAAUUAUAAUCCAUUUAUUGUUGGAAAGGGAAAAUAUUCAAUUUUGCAUUAUGCAUGUUAUGAUGGAAGAUUUGAAAUGCUUGAAUAUUUAAUUAAGAAUAAGAAUUUGAGAAAGUUAUUCGAAAUGAAAGAUCAAAAUGGAGAGAGUGGAUUUGAUGCCUUGGUCAAUUCUAAAAAAAUAACGAACGAAAGUGUGAGAAAAAAGUGUAUUCAAUUGUUUGAUUUAUUAAAUGAUGAAAAUGAUAAUGAAAAAGUUUCUUCCAAAGUUUCUAAUUUUGAAAAUAAUGAAAAAAUUGAAAAAGUGCAACAAGAUUCCGCUAAAUUGGACGCAAUAGAAUCCAUUUCUGAUAAAAUUGCAAACCAUUUAAAUUUAAAUAAUUAA